AUGUCGGUCCACAUCCAACUUGAUCAGCCGGAAUCCAGGUGCUACACGAACCUCGACUUUAUUUCCGGCACCGUCGUUCUAUUCCUCCCCCAUGAUGCCACCGUCUCUGCUAUUACAGUUAAACUUGAGGGGGAGAGUCGUACAAGACUCGCAGGGCCAAAAUAUCCUGGAUAUGAGCGUUCGGAUAAGAAGAGGACCGAGUUAGAAUAUCACAAGCUUUUGUAUAAAGUUCUCACGGUCUUUCCUUCGCCUGAGCUUCAGGAGAGGGCCUCUGGCUCGGGCUACACCCUGCGUGCCGGACAGUAUCUCUACCCUUUUCGAUUCAAAUUUCCAUUCAAUAAUGACUGCCUGAACAACCCCAAUCCGUUGAAGGAUAUCAAAGUGGGCCAGUUGAAUGUUCAGCUCCCAAGUGACACCUGCAACCAUGUGAAGCGGACGCUGCCGCCAUCCUUGAGCGGAUUCCCUGGCGAGGCGGAAAUCAGAUACUAUGUCAAGGCGACCGUUGUGCGGCCUAAGUUCUUUCAGGAGAACAUUCGAUGGAUUAGCGACAUCAAGUUUCUACCCAUCGAACCACCCCGCCGUCCAGAUGGACACCAAGAAACCUUCGCGCGCCGCAAGAGGCAAUUCAAUCGGUCUGCUCCACCGCCCAAAAAGGGGCUCUUCAAGAAAUCAUCUACCCCAGUCUCGGCGGAAGAUGAACCACCUGCCUUCCAAGUGGAUGUCCGGCUUCCGAGUCCCGCCAUCAUCACCUGCAAUGAACCCCUUCCUCUACGCAUACUUGUUGAGAAGAUCAACGAUAGUUCGGCAACGGCCUUCCUGAGCAUGUUGCAGAUCGAGUUAUUCGGUUACACUCGGAUAAGGGCCCAUGAUCUGGAGAGGACUGAAAGCACGAGCUGGGUCUUGAAGUCUCAAGCGAAUAUGAACAUGCCGCUGGGGACUGCGAGCGAGAAACAGUGUCGUGAAUGGAAACUGCCAUCUCGCCUAUGGCAGGAUUGUCCCGUGCCGAACACUGUUUGCCCAACUUUCGAGACCUGCAACAUUUCUCGGCGAUACGAGCUCGAAGUCCGGGUUGGACUGGCACAUGCCAUGGCCGAUGGAAUGCGGCCAGAGGUGAUGGUAUUACCUCUGCGCCUGCCUGUCCAGGUCUAUUCUGGCAUUGCUCCUCCACCUCAGCUCUUGCGGGCUAUGGCUAACAACCCCCGCCCGCAAGCAGCCACUACACCGCCUCCCCUAUUCCCUCGACCGUCAGCUAACGGGACGAGUGUUGCUGCACCUUUGCAGCCAGACACGCCGCUAGCCACGCCACCCACUCCAUUCCAGGACAACGGUUUCUUCCCCGCCCAGACUGGUUCCUACAGUGUACAACAAGAGCCUGAUAUUCCCGAUGAAGCACCACCCAGCUACGAGGAUGCCAUUGCGGAUGAGAUCGCCCCUGUAGAUGGACCUAGGCGGGACUACCAUGUACCCUCACAACCUGAAUCCGAACACACGGCCUUGGACCCCGAUACGAAACGGUCUGGGCUUGGACGCCGUGUUAGUGAAAGACUCUUCCCAACGAACGGACCGGCUCCGUCCCAGAACAGAUCUGUGUCAACGCCGAAUACGUUACAAACAACGCCGAUGCCCGAAGAUGAUGAUGCGGGCCCGGCCAGUUCGCCGACGGUAGAACCAGACACCCGAAGAUUACAAAAGAGGCGAACCUCUUCAGCCAGAGAUGAUUAG